AUGUGGCCGAGAUUGGUAGCCAGUAAGAUCCUCAGAAAGAGAUUGGGCAGCAACAAUUUUGUGGCAGAUUUUCCAAGCAACCCAGAAUCUUUCCUAGAAACUCAAAGUUUGGACCAAGAAUCUAUUUGCUCUAAGAUCACCUUCCAUCACAAUGAGCAGACACGCAAUUACAAGGUUUUUGUUAGCACUUGGAAUGUUGCCGGGGUUACACCAACUGAUGAUUUAAAUAUGGAAGAACUGCUACUUACAUGCAACACCCCUUGCGAAAUCUAUGUUCUUGGGUUUCAAGAAGUUGUGCCCCUAAGAGCUGCAAAUGUUCUAGGAUCUGAAAAUCAUAGAAUUUCUAUGAAAUGGAAUUCUCUGAUAAGACAAACCCUAAACAAGAAAACUUGCAGCCGCGACAGAAACAAAGAAGCCACAUUAAAAGAAAAUCAAAAUAACUUCUUUGCAGAAGGUGGGAAGUCAACUGACAUCACUCCCGGGUUCCGGUGUACUAUUAGCAAGCAAAUGGUCGGAAUAUUGAUCUCAGUUUGGGUUCGAAACGAUCUUCAAUGUUACAUUCGGAACCCUAGUGUCUCAUGUGUAGGCUGUGGCAUCAUGGGGUGUCUAGGAAAUAAGGGUUCUGUAUCGGUUAGGUUUCGAUUACAUGAAACCAGCUUCUGCUUUGUGUGCAGUCAUCUAGCUUCAGGGGGUAGAGAAGGUGAUGAGAGACAUCGAAAUUCGAACUUCCUCGAAAUAUUAGACCGGACAAGCUUUCCUAGAGGUCCUUCACUGGAUUUGCCUCGAAAGAUCCUAGAUCAUGACCGGGUAAUCUUGCUUGGAGACUUGAACUACAGAAUCUCCCUACCUGAAUCGGACACACGAUUACUAGUUUAUAGAAGAGAAUGGAAUGCUUUGCUAGAAAAUGAUCAGCUAAGGACAGAACUCAUGGAGGGUCAAAUAUUUCAAGGCUGGCAUGAAGGAACAAUUAAUUUCGCUCCUACUUACAAAUAUUAUCCCGAUUCUGAUGAAUAUAGCAGUGGUAUUGGUGGAAGAAAAGGUGAAAAGAAACGCGCUCCUGCAUGGAUAAUUUGGUGCGGGGAGGGUCUAAAGCAACAUAUCUACACCAGAGGUGAAUCAAAGCUGUCUGAUCACAGACCAGUGAAGGCCAUAUUCACAGCAGAGGUAGGAAUUUUAAGGAAAGGAUAUAAAAAUUUCUUCCUAUCUGAGAGGUUUGAUCGUAUUCAUAUCACAAACCGAUUAGUGAUGCCAUCACAUGAUGAUUUUCGAGGUAUCGCCCCAUCAAGAUUCAGACUUAGAGAUUUAUUUACCCCAUAUGAAGCAUGCUGA